ACGGGGAAGGGGCGGGGCCCAAACUGCGUGGCCAAUCGGAGCGACUCCUAGAUUUUGCCGGUGGACUCGCGGGGUAGCUCUUAGGAACCAGCACCAUGGCAUCCGGCUGCAAGAUUGGCCCGUCCAUCCUCAACAGCGACCUGGCUAAUUUGGGGGCCGAGUGUCUCCGGAUGCUGGACUCCGGGGCCGAUUAUCUGCACCUGGAUGUAAUGGACGGGCAUUUUGUCCCCAACAUCACCUUCGGUCACCCUGUGGUAGAAAGCCUUCGAAAGCAGCUAGGCCAGGACCCUUUCUUUGACAUGCACAUGAUGGUGUCCAGGCCUGAACAGUGGGUGAAGCCAAUGGCUGUCGCAGGGGCCAACCAGUAUACCUUUCACCUGGAGGCUACUGAGAACCCAGGGGCUUUGAUUAAAGACAUUCGGGAGAAUGGGAUGAAGGUUGGUCUUGCCAUCAAACCAGGAACGACUGUUGAGUAUUUAGCACCAUGGGCUAAUCAGAUAGAUAUGGCCUUGGUUAUGACAGUGGAACCUGGGUUUGGAGGGCAGAAAUUCAUGGAAGACAUGAUGCCAAAGGUUCACUGGUUGAGGACCCAGUUCCCGUCGUUGGACAUAGAAGUCGACGGUGGAGUAGGUCCCGACACUAUCCACAAGUGUGCAGAGGCAGGAGCUAACAUGAUUGUGUCUGGCAGUGCCAUUAUGAGGAGUGAAGACCCCAGAUCCGUUAUCAACUUGUUAAGAAAUGUUUGCUCAGAAGCUGCUCAGAAACGUUCUCUUGAUCGAUGAAAUCUCAAGCAGCCCAGUGUUUUCUGCUCUUGAAAUCUCCUUUUUACUGGAAAACAAGAAUAUUGACUACCAAAUCAUAUCACAGUUUAGGAAGUAAGGCUUCUCUGAUCAAUUAUUCAGUCAUUCCAGUAACUAAAUUUUAUAGUGAAGAAUGUUCUGAGAAUUGAAAUGAAAUUGGUAUAUAUAUUACAUUUUCAUUUCUAGUGAUGGAAUUUAAAGAUUGGUUUGGUGAAUACUUUGUUUUGUACUGGGAGACUUGAUUUUUAUAAAGAGUAAAACUAUGACUGUAUUAAAGUUAGAAAACAAAUUAUGUGUCUUAAUGCUAAAGAAGGCAUAUUAGCUUCUAUGAGAAAAAGACUUUUUUUCUGUAUUUCUAACAAGAAUUUUCUGUUGUUUCUCAUCUGUUUUGCAAAAAAGUCAUGUUUUUCCUGUUUCAUAUUAAUUUGUGAUUUGU